AUGGCCUUCUCUAGUUAUAAAACAGUCUUAGCUAUUGCCCGAGCAAAAUUCCCUAGCCAUUGUGUCCAUCCCACCAGCUCGUCUUACUCCCCAUCAUUUGCAUUUCUUCACUUACCAGAUUCCCAUUGAAAUAAAACAUAUAUGAAGAACUAUGGCAGCAAGAAGUACUCCUAUCCUACUCAGACAGGCAAUAAAGGACUUCACUUAAGGACUAGAGUAAUACAAAAGCUGCACACAUCUGCUUGCUGGCUGCAGGAGGUCCCGGGUAAACCCCAGCUGGAGCAAACCGCAAAGAAGCCACAGGUGCCAAGCCCUCAGCCAACAGAAGAAACUGGAGUGAAGAUUAAGGAAGAAAAGCGAUCUUAUAGGCAAAUAAUUAUGGAUGAACUUAAAUAUUAUCACAAUGGAUUCUGUUUGCUUUGGAUUGACACCAAAGUUGCUGCCAGAAUGGUUUGGAGGCUGUUGCACGGACAGGUGCUGACCAGACGAGAGAGAUGAAGGCUGUUGAGAAUGUGUGCUGAUUUAUUCCGCCUGCUUCCAUUUAUGGUGUUCAUCAUUGUCUCCUUCAUGGAAUUCUUAUUGCCAGCGUUUCUGAAACUCUUCCCAGAGAUGUUGCCAUCAACUUUUGAAAGUGAAUCCAAAAAGGAAGAAAAACAGAAAAAGAAAAUGGCUGCAAAGUUGGAACCAGCAAAAUUCCUUCAAGAAACGAUUGCAGACAUGGCAAGGAGGAACGGGGCGCAGCUGGGGGAUGCCUCCACCCAGUUCUCAGCCUACAUCAAACAGGUCCAGACAGGCCACAAGCCCAGCACAAAGGAGAUAGUGCUGGAAAAGAGCUUUUCCAAACUCUUUGAGGAUGAGCUGACCCUGGAGCACCUCGAUCGAUCUCAGCUGGUGGCCCUUUGCAAACUGCUGGAACUGCAGUCCUUUGGAACCAACAAUCUGCUCCGCUUCCAGCUCCUGAUGAAGCUGAAGUCUAUAAAGGCAGAUGAUGAAGUAAUUGCCAAGGAAGGGGUGAGUGCUCUGAGUGUGUCAGAGCUGCAAGCGGGGAGGUCCCGGGGGAUGCGCUCACUGGGUCUCACUGCGGAGCAGCUGAAGCAGCAGCUCACAGAGUGGCAGGACCUCCACCUGAAGAAUGUCCCUCCUUCUCUUUCUUCCCGAACCUUCUACCUGAUAGACGUGAAGCCAAAGCCAAUUGAGAUACCACUCAGUGGGGAGGCUCCCAAGAUGGAUAUUCCCAUGGGAUCACCCACUUCCUUUGAAUGUAAAGAGAACACAACACUUCAAGUGAAGGGAACUAAGGAUGAAGAACUGAUACAGCUGCCGCCAGCUACAUCAUCAAAGCCUAUUUCAUUACCUAAAGGAUCCACCACUGCUGCUAAAGAAGCUUCAGCUCAGUCUCUCGGGAAAUCCACGGGGGAUUUCAGUAGUAACAGCGAGGACAUCACUGUUACAACAACAGUGCAUUCUAUCUCCCAGCACCUCUCCCGAAGACCCCCACCUGGCCUCACCCUCUCCCCCGAGGAAACGGUCCGUGGUGGAAAGGGCCGCAGGGCCUGGCCCCAGGCCCAGCUUCUCUGCUCCCUGCCCAUCACGCAGCCGUCUUUUCCCUGCCUUUCCAAAAGCAUCGCAGAGCUAGGAGGCUUGUCCGGAGGCCUCAGUGCAGGACCUGAGGGGAAGAGCCGGCUGGGACCCGAGGACCAGGCACCUGCCGCGGGAACACAGGCUGCGUGGAGCAGACAAAACCAACACAGAGAAGCUCGGCCGGCUCUGCCUCGCGUGCUCGUCCCCCCACUGCCUGACCCUGCAGGCAGGGCCAGGCGGCUGGGAGGGGUCUCGGUCCAACAUGUGGGACGGAACCAAGUGGCCAUCAGCAAGUCCCCGCCUCCCUGCUCCUCUGUCUCAGAGGCAGGCUGA